GGACGCGGGCCAGGCCGGGGGUCCUGGGCAGGUCUGGAGCCCGAUAUGAUGGCCGCUGCGGACUUGUGUUCAUUGAGGCGUGGUGGUCGUGUCCUUUCGUGUCCUCAGGUGGCUACUGUGACCCUCACCUCUCCUGCAUGACCGGGUCGGACCAGUUCCGUCGGAUACGGUGACGUGGAGAGGGCACCUGGUCUCUCCGGCUCGGGUCUUGGUCUAGUGGGUGACACGUUAACCAGCGUGCAGUUACCGUGGUCCUGAGGGAUGAAGGCCAAGGAAUUUGGCGUAGAGUGGAAGACUUCCUGGAGGAGGUGACAGCCCUAGCGUAAUAUAAGGGGAAGCGGGCAGCGGGUCGCCAUGGCCUCGCCAUCGGCUCAGCAGUUUGAGGAGGACGACGGCCUGAGGAGCUGCGAGCUCUACGUGCAGAAGCACAGCGUCCAGCAGGUGCUCAAGGACUGCAUCGUGCAGCUCUGCAUCUCCAAGCCCGAGCGCCCCAUGAGGUUCCUCCGGGAGCACUUCGAGAAGCUGGAGAAGGAAGAAAACCGACAGAUACUGGCGCAGCAGAAGUCAGCCUCCCAGUCGGACUCGCACGACGAGGAAGUGUCCCCGUCGCCGCCCAACCCGGUGGUGCAAGCCCGGCACCGGCGUGGGGGAGUGAGCGCCGAGGUGUACACAGAGGAGGACGCUGUGUCCUACGUGCGGAAGGUCAUCCCCAAGGACUACAAGACCAUGACGGCACUGGCCAAAGCCAUCUCCAGGAACGUGCUCUUCGCUCAUCUGGACGACAACGAGAGAAGCGACAUAUUCGAUGCCAUGUUCCCCGUCACGCACAUCGCUGGGGAGACCGUCAUACAGCAAGGGGACGAAGGGGAUAACUUCUACGUAAUCGACCAAGGGGAAGUGGACGUGUAUGUGAACGGAGAGUGGGUGACCAGCAUCAGUGAAGGCGGCAGCUUCGGGGAGCUGGCCCUCAUCUACGGCACCCCCAGGGCGGCGACUGUGAAGGCCAAGACGGACCUCAAGCUCUGGGGCAUCGACCGGGACAGCUACCGGCGCAUCCUCAUGGGCAGCACGCUGAGGAAGCGCAGGAUGUACGAGGAGUUUCUCAGCAAGGUCUCCAUCCUGGGUGCGUGCCCCCAACCUGGCCGCCCGGGGCUGCGGCCCAGCUGUUUCCACAUGCUGUGCAAGUUUGGGACACAUGUGUGCUCACACCUGUGCAGUGCACCCCCACACACACAUGCACACACAUACAGAUGCAUCUUGUAUGCAGGCAUGUACGUGCCCACGAACACACACACACACACACACCCACUGUGCCUGCCCUCCAUCCAUCCGUGCUUUGCAUGUCCGUCUCUCGACCAUCAACGCCAUUCUCUCCACGUGGGUCCAUUUGGAGCUGUGUCGAGCGUCUUUCCUGACCUGUUUGGGUUUUCCUCCGUGGGGGUUCUCGUGUGCCCCCCGCUUUUCUCGUCCUGGGAUCUGAGAGACACGUCGGCCGCACUUCCAUUGACUGUCGGGAGUAUCAGCAAGGUUCUCUCCAGCAGAGGAUUUUCAGCGUUUUGAAGUUGCUUCGACAUACACGGCAGUGACGUAUCAUUCCGGACCAGCCUGCCCAGUAGAACUUUUGGCAGUGAUGCAGGUGUUGUGUAUCUGUGUGGAACACUUGAGAAUUUUAAUUUUAUGUCAUUUUAAUCAGUUGGAAUGUGAAUCAGUGUGUGUCUAGCAGCUCCCCUUAAGGACAGGGAGUGGGACCCGCUUGGGAAAGUCAGUGACGUCUAGGUGCUAAGGCCCUGGGAACUGCGGGAAAUAACCUUCCAGCAGGGAGUUCCUGCGGGAACAUCACAGCCUUAAAAACCCCAGGCUGGACUUGUGGGUGCAGGUGGUGAGUGAGGCUUAGCCUCCUUUUCUAAGAAACUUUGGAGUGAGAAGGAGAAGAAGCAGGUGCACUUUCGUGGGUGCAAAGGCGUCAAGGAGACAAGAAUAUACAAUGGAGAAAAGAUAGCCUCUUCAAUAAGUGAUGCUGGGAAAGCUGGAGGGCAGCAUGGAAAAGAAUGAAGUUAGAACACUCCGUGACGUCACACACAAAAAAACGCUCAAAAUGGAUUAACGACCUAAAUGUAAGACCAGACAGACAGUAUAAAACUCCUAGAGGACAACAUAGGCAGGACACUCUUUGACAUAAAUCACAGCAAGAUCUUUUUGGCUCUGUCUCCUAGAGAAAUGGAAAUAAAAAACAAGAAUAAACAAAUGGGACCUAAUUAAACUUAAAAGCUUUUGCACAGCAAAGGAAACCAUAAACAAAACGGAAAGACGACCUACGGACUGGCAGAAAAUAUUUGGAAGUGAUACUACUGACAAGGGAUUAAUUUCCAAAACAUACAAACUGCUUAUACAGCUCAAUAUCAAAAAAACAACCCAUUCAAAAAAUGGACAGAAGACCUAAAUAGACAUUUCUCCAACGAAGACAUACAGAUGGCCAACAGGCACAUGGAAAGAUGCUCAACAUUGCUAAUUAUUAGAGAAAUGCAAAUCAAAACUACAAUGAGGUACCACCUCACACUGGUCAGGAUGGCCAUCAUCAAAAAGUCUACAAAUAACAAAUGCUGGACAGGGUGUGGAGAAAAGGGAAUCCUACACUUUUGUUGGGAAUGUAAGUUGGUGCAGCUACUAGGGAAAACGGUAUGGAGGUUCCUCGAAAAACUAAAAAUAGAGCUACCAUAUGAUCCAGCAAUCCCACUCCUGGGCACAUAUCCAGAGAAAGCCAUAAUUCGAAAAGAUUCAUGCACCCCUGUGUUCACAGCAGCACUAUUUACUAUAGCCAAGACAUGGAAACAACCUAAGUGUCCAUGGACAGAUGAAUGGAUAAAGAAGAUGUGGUGUAUAUAUACAAAGGAAUACUACUCAGCCAUAAAAAAGAGUGAAAUAAUGCCAUUUGCAGCAACAUGGGUGGACCUAGAGAUUAUCCUACUGAGCAAGUAAGUCAGAAAGAAAAAUACCAUAUGGUAUCACUUAUGUGUGGAAUCUAAGAAAAAUGAUGCAAAUGAACUUACUUAUGAAACAGAAAGAGACUCACAGACAUAGAAAACAAACGUAUGGUUACCAAAGGGGGAAGGGGGGUGGAUAAAUUAGGAGUUUGGGAUUAGCAGAUACACACCACUGUGUAUAAAAUAGAUAAGCAGCAAGGUCCUACUGUAGAGCACAGGGAACUAUA